CCAUCCUCCGCACCCCCGCGCUGAAGUCGUCCGCCCCCUCGUCCCUCUCGGCGUCGCCCACCCGCCCCCGCGCCCCAUUGGGCGACAGCGACCGGCAAGAGUCGAGCCCUGUGCCCGACCUUUCUGCGAUCAAGGCGCCCACCAAGCCCGUCAAAGCCCCAAAGCCCAAGACGGCCGUCAAGCGUGGCGUGCGCCGUCUAUAGCCUUUUAAUCACUGGACACUGAUAGGCCUGCAGCAGCAGCCGUGUUUGUACUAUCAUGCAUUGCUGGCGAGGGAGUUGUGAGCGGUGUCCGAGGCGGGUGAGGGUGGGACACGGAAGCAGCCGGUGGCAAGAUCAGUCGCGUCCAGGGUCCAUUUUGACUCCUCCACAUCCACAUGCAACCGCACCAAGCAUCCAUCCUCGCGUCCCCGUUCCUCACCCUCAACGUAGUGGACACGGCCCUCGACGCGGAAACGAAUCCCACGGUGCGCGUGCAGCUCCUCAGCGCGAAAGUGCAUCUUCUCGAGACGGCGCGGGAGACGGAGCGUGCAUCGACAGAGGACGCCGAUCACCCCGCCGACGCCGCGGGAUCUCCAGCAGCGCCCGCAGCCGCAGCCGCGGCCGCAGGCCCCUCCCCCUCCCCCUCCCCCUCCCCCUCCCUCCGCCUCGCCCGCGUCCCCGACCCCACGCCCCUCCUCUCCGCCCGCAUCCUCCUCGCCGACGCGUAUCUCGCGCUCGUGCCCCCCAACCUCGUUGCGGCGGAGGCUGUUUGCGGCGCCGUCGAGGACGAGUGCAAGCGCCUCAUGAAGCGUGCGCGGAUGCGAGCGGCGCCCGCGUGGAUGGGCGAUGUGCCGCGCCUGCGUGUGCGUGGGCUGCGCGUGCUUGCGCGCGUCGAGGAGAGGCUGGGGCGCGGCGCGAGGGCGGAGCGCUCGCGCAAGCUCGCGGACGAGAUCGCGGCGGGGUAGGGGCGAAUGGAGAAUGAACUAAGGAGAAGGAGAGCCAAAUGUGCAUAGUA